UCACCCUUCCAAAAAGCAGUCCCCGAAAUCCUCACUUUGAGCUCCUCACUGUCACCGUUACCUCCUUUAACGAAAAACACCGUUGUCCAUCCCUUCCCUUGUCCACGCCAUUCCCCUUCGCCUCCCUCCAUCACAGCAGCUCCAAUCUAUCCAGCUCCCCUCAUUUUCCUCAGCCCCAUUUCUCUACCUAUGACCUCCACACAGCCAUCACGAUACCCAUAGACACACUCCUAAAAUCUCAAGCAUUCUCGAAACCAGACCACACCUUUUUUCUCCUUCCUCUCAGCUCAAAAUACAGAGAUUCCUUCCUUUUCAAACCUCGCUCCAUCGCAGCAGUAGACGUCCGAUACAGAAACCAACCUCCCUCGCCGUAGUUGCUCUCGGAUCCUCUCAUAACACCCAUUUCAGCAUCAAAUCAGCGCUGCAUUUCAGUUCCAGGAGGCACCGACAUAUUUUCACCGGCAUCACAUCAGCUAUUAGGUUUUUGGAAUUAUACAAAUCAUCUGAAUGAAACACAAUUUGGAAUGGUGGAAUGCAAAUAUCUCCUUUGUUGAUCAUCUUGAAAUUUAAGUGUUGCUUGGACACAACAUAGUGAAGUUAAAUGGUAAUGGAUUUCAACAAUAGUGAGAUCUCAUCUCCUCCUCGUCCUAGAUGGAGAAAAGUGGCAUAUGGAGGGAUGCAACCUGGUUUUGAUGACAAUAACACUGAUGAUUCUUUUCUUGAAGAUAUGGUUAUGAAUGCUAGUGUUGUAAAACGGGAUUUGCUGAAGGUGAUGCAAGACUCAGUUUCCAUCUCUCAGUAUCUAUGCAUUGUUGCACUUGUUGGCUUGGUCUGGACUUACACCCUGCAGUCUAUCCUUGAUGAGAAUUCCCUCUUACUUCUUGAUGUGAGCCUGCUUGGAUCAGGUUUUAUUGUUCUACUACUAACCAAAGAAAUGGUUUCUUUGAAUCUUCUCUUCCAUUAUAUCCUCAACAUCUCUUUUUUUACAACUGGGUUAUAUGUGUUAGCUCCUAUUUAUCAUACUCUCACAAAGUCCAUAAGUUCAGAUUCCAUUUGGGCUGUAACUGUUUCACUUAUCAUACUUCAUCUUUUCCUGCAUGACUAUUCAGGAUCCACAAUAAGAGCACCUGGGGCUAUAAAACCUCCAAACUUGACCAGUUGUGUAUCUUUAAAUGCUUCUGUUGUUGCCUCUGUUUUCAUUGCAUCUCGCCUUCCAUCAAGGCUACUUGUCUUUGCCAUAAUGUUGUUUUCCUUGCAAGUCUUUCUUUUUGCUCCAUUUGUUACUUUCUGCAUUAAGAAAUACUCCUUCCGCUUGUAUCUUCUGUUUUCUUUUGGGUUAGUUGUUGUUACUUUGUCUUUUGUUUAUAUGUUGCACCACUUGCUUUUUGCUUUGUUGUUGGCUUUGCUGGUGUUUGUAAGUGUGGUGUGUCCAUAUUGGCUCAUUAAAAUUCAAGAAUACAAGUUUGAGAUAAAUGGCCCUUGGGAUGAGGCUAAACUUUGCUUUGAUAUAACAGAUUGAGGUUCUUUUGGAUGUUGGAUAAAUAUUUCAUAUAUUCAUGCAGAAAUGUAGAAUUAUCUCUCAAAAUUUUCUACUUUCUAGGCAGGCAUGAUUGAAUUUUAUGAUAAUUGCUUUGGCAGAAAUAUUUGUAAGUUUCGUUGUACUAGUCUAGUCGAUUUGCACCUAUUCAUGUUACCAGUUGCCAUCAUUUUGGAAAUGUGUAGAAAUUUGGUUGCUACUAUAAAA